AUGAUCGAAUCCCUCAGAGAGCAAGAGGAGCGGGAGCGUGUGCGCUACCGUGCCGUCGAGCGCUUGCGACAUGCGAAGAGAAGAGAGAAGCUCAGGGAGGAGAUGGAGGGGAUCCUGGAGCUUAUCGUGCAGAUGUCCUUCGCCUCGCUCCAGCAGGAGCAGCUGACAGACCAGGAGGAGGUCGACUGCACCCUGUGGCGGGAAUGGGUGUCUCUCUUCGAGGAGAACUUACCAGUGAUGUCGCUGCCCAGCCUGCAGCUCUGCGCGGAGGAACCGGCCCCACUCACCGCGCUCCCCGAGCCGACCGGCCUGGCGAACUUGCAUGCGGUAGGCGCCACGCUGAACUCCGCCGCCCUGCGGGACUUCAUGGAGACCAAAGGGCAGUGGAAGGUGCCGUUGACGGACGAGGCCACAGAGCCAGAGGAGGUCGAAGAGAUUCCCGCCUCCCAACCGCCGCUGGAGAUCUUCGACUGUGCUACUGAGGUGGCCGCGACCUUAGAAGAGGCCCAAGGGAUCAGCUUCGCUUCCAAGCUCUCUAGUGAGUUGGACUUCGUGGAGAACUUACCCGUGAACUACCGCUUUGGCGUGGUCGUCGCCUCGAUGAUCGACAGGAAGUACAAGGAGCCACCGCCGCAGCCUCCACCAAGCAUGCCGGAGGUGCCCUUGCGCUUGGUGAUCACCGGAAAGCCCUAUGCAGGCAAGAAGACGGUGGCUCGGCGCUUGGCCGAGGCCUACAACUUGGAGAUCAUCGACUUGGACGAGGUGGUGCGAGAGUGUUUGGCCGCCAGCAAACCCGAUGACUACACCCGGGAGCGUAUCAAUCGCCCGGGUGGUUGGCUUGGAACUCAACAGUCUACUAGAGGCUGGCGAGGCAGGAAGGGCCUUCCGUGA